AUGUACUUUCCAUCCAAACAAAAUAACCCAACCCAAACCCCCUAUCCCAAACCCGGUUCCUCCCUCUUUAGACAAAGGCCGCCGCUGGAUCUUUGCGACGGCGGUAGCGGCGGGGGGCAGUCUAAGAUCGGAGAUCGAGAUUCCGCCGGAACCCUGGGCGGCGGACUGGCGGCGUUGGGGGCGAGAGAGAAGGAGAAAGGAAAGGCGGACGCCAUUGCUGCCGGCAACGGGAAACACUUGGUGCUUUUUACCAAAACACCCCGGAGCUUUGACCUGGAUGAUCUGUUGAAGGCCUCAGCUGAAGUGCUGGGGAAGGGCACUUUCGGAACUGCAUACAAAAUUGUUCUUGAAAUGGGGUUAACCAUGGUGGUGAAGAGGCUAAGGGAUGUGAGUGUGCCUGAAAAUGAGUUCAAAGAAAAGAUUGAAGAAGUGGGGAAGAUGAACAAUGAAAAUCUUGUCCCUCUCAGAGCUUAUUACUAUAGUCGAGACGAAAAGCUUCUCGUUUACGAUUACAUCGUAAUGGGAAGCUUGUCUGCACUCUUACACGUUCAAAGAGGGAGCAGUCAGUUGAACCGGGUCUGGGAUAGGGGGUUUGGGUUGGGUUAUUUUGCUGAGGCAAAUGCAAGGGCUCGUGAGGCUUUUGAAGAAGAUGAUGAUGGGGAUGAGGGUAGGGAGAAUGAGGUUAGGGUAGACAAUCAGGUGCCCGUUAUGAUGAGGGAUGGUGGUGACAAAGAUGACUCGGACGAUGCUACUAGUUCGCUGGGUGACCAUCAAAGAAGUACGACUGCGUAUGGAGGCCAAGGUACUAGUAACACUCAAAUUCCAACCUCGUAUUCCCAAUUUGGAGAGUACUCACCAUACACACAAUUUGGGAUGUUGCAUUCGUUGCAUCAACAUUUCAGUAUCCGAGUUAUGCGACCCUAA